AUGGCAAAAUCUAUACCAAAACUUGGUUCACGGAAAACUGGACGUAUUGGUUCGCGUAAGCAUCCGCGUAAAAUACCAAAGGGGGUUAUUUAUAUUCAAGCUAGUUUCAAUAAUACCAUUGUGACUGUUACAGAUGUAGGAGGUCGGGUGAUUUCUUGGUCCUUCGCAGGUUCAUGUGGAUUCAAGGGUACACGAAGGGGGACACCAUUUGCCGCUACAACUGCAACAGGAAAUGCUCUUCGAACAGUAGUCGAUCAAGGCAUGCAACAAGCAGACGUCAGCAUAAAGGGUCCCGGUCGAGGAAGAGAUGCGGCAUUAAGAGUUAUUGUUCGAAGUGGGAUACUAUUAAACGUUAUACGGGAUGUAACCCCUAUACCAUAUAAUGGAUGUAGGGCUCCUAAAAAAAGACGUGUGUAA